GUAGUUUAUCACUUUGUUCAUAGCGCAUGUGGCAUUCAAGAAAGCGAUGUCAAAGUUAAAGGAACAGCUGCAAAUGGUUUGGCACUUGCUACUGCAGUAAUGUGCAGGCUUCGAUAUCCCAAGGCGACGGCGUUGCACUACAGGAUUUCUACUGUACUUUUCCACAGCGGUGCAAAGCACGAUGACCUGGUAAGGUUGAAUCGCUUAGGAGUCUCCCUGUCUCCAAAACAAAUGGUCCGCGCGCAAUCCGAAAUGGGCAAACAACUUGAAGGAAAAGUGAAUGUCUGGAAAUCACAAAUCGAGAAGAGGAAAGGUGCAGAGCUGUUAUUGGAAGAAAUAAAAAUGAAACAGGUCCCUGAUAGGGUAGAAACUGACAUGGAAAUAAUCAUUGAAGUGCAAGUGGACAAGAAUACCGUUCUUGGAUACAAUAACUUUACACCGCAAGGACACGAAUACCUUCUGAGAGAAAUCCAAGUAGCCAAACAAAAAAAGGGAGAGUCCACCUGCACUGAUGAAAUAUUGUCUGAUGUGGAAAGAGGUCUUGCCAACGGUCGUCUACCACUUUACAGGCAAUGCUUGAGAAAUAUAUAAAAAUAAUAAACAACAGCAUAACAAAACAUAAACCUUUUAAUGGCAAAACUUAAUAUAUCAAUCUUCAAUUAAACACAAGAAAAGUUCAAAGUUUAACAGGGCAUAAUAUGAUUAAUGAGGGGGUACAGCCCUCCAACCAGUAUUCAUGAAAUGGGAAUACCUCUAUAUCUGGCCAAUGUGGGGUUCCAGAAAAUCUCUGGACCUCCCCCAAGGAAGGUCACUGAAAAUUAAAGGGGUGUUUGGUGUCUCAUUAGUCCAAAUUGUUAACUGUCUCCUCUGCAGAGGCCUCUAUGUAUCGUAGGGAGGCUGGGAAGAGGGAAAAACAAUGUGCUUGUGUAACGAUGGGAAGAGAAAAGAGAGAAUUGCUUCAAGCACCCCUUUUUCUCUUCUCAUUGUCCCGCGGGUACUUUCUAUUUUGGUCAAUGUGCUAUUUUCAUUGGGUUACCCAGCUGGAGCCUGUGCAAUUGAGAAGGAGUUGUUAACAAGAAGUAUGAAACUGGAAUUUCCGAAGGGUAUGAAAAGAGUACGAAUAUUUGUGGGACAACCACAAUAAAACGUCUUUACUUGUCCCUGUCUCACAACGGGUUCCUUUUCCUUUUGGGACAAGUUGGUCGGUGACAACAUCGACCAUGAGAUUCUUGUACGAGUGCAAACUAAGGCACAUACAAACCGGUCUAUUCAUUGGACUCAUCAAUUUGCUGUCCUUGAUCGAGUGCAAGAGCCUGGGUUGGAGGAUACCAAGAGCCAGAAGACUGUAAAAGAUUUAAAG